AUGUCUCAGGUCGUCUGGUCAUACCAUCUUGCCAAGGGCGACUCGACAAAAUAUAUCACCAAACUACAUGAGAAAUACGGUCCUGUUGUACGCACCGCCUCCAACGAGUUGUCUUUCAUCAGCGCGAGCGCGUGGCAGGAGAUCUACGGCACUACAGGUAUCGGCAAGGUCUAUGAAAAGAAUGGAAUCGCCUACUUGCAGGGGUCUCAGGAUAUCACCAACAUUUUCUUUGCGCACAGUCAGGAACAUGCCGCAGUGCGCAAGCUAAUGUCUCCGGCAUUUUCAGAUCGUGCGAUCCGCGACCAGGAAUCUCUCAUCCAACAAUCGAUCGACCAGAUGAUGAGCUCAUUAGACAAGCGCACGGGUGAAGCUUAUUUCCCUGCUGCAGAUGGCGUGGUAAACCUGGCGGCAUGGUUCAAUUUUGAAGUUUUUGACGUGCUAAGCUCGCUGUGCUUUGGCGCCAGCAUUGACUCUCUCUCAAAAGGCGAAUAUCACCCAUGGAUCUCGGUGAUUUAUACUGCUAUCAAGCAUUCAACCUUGAUCCAGUCUGCGCACCGCCUGAAGCCUUACCACUGGCUCUUAGAGAAACUCAUCCCCUCAGAUAUUGAGAGCCAGUAUAUAUUCCACCUAGAGAACUGCACCAAAGCACUCACCGAACGCUUGAAGAAGACUGACAAUGAGCGUCCGGAUAUUCUGUCUUACCUGCUGGAUAAGAUGUCGCAUGACGAACUGUUGGAUAAUGUGAAUAUUCUGGUGACAGCGGGUGGUGAUUCCACGGCCACCACCAUGACCUCGGUGGUCUACUACAUCACACACAAUCCACACAGCUACAAGGCACUCGUGAAAGAGAUUCGGGACGCUUUCCCAACUGAGAAGUCAAUUACGAUUCCUGAAGUGAUGAAGUUAAAGUACUUGAAAGCGGUUAUUGACGAGGCGAUGCGAAUUCACCCGAGUGUACCAGUGGGACUACCGCGAAUCGUUCCGAAGGGUGGCCGAUUCAUCGAUGGACAGUUUGUUCCUGGUGGGGUGCGUCUUUCUAUUCCAUUUCUUUGGUUUACUUUGUCCUGA